AAAACAAGAACACAAUGGCGGUUUGUCGAAAAAAAUAAAAAAGAUCAGAAGGGAAAAAAUACGAAUAGAUACAUGAGAAAUGUCAGUAUCAAAUACACUCAACUAUGUUUUUAGAAAUAAUUCACACAAAUGGCUGAACUAAAUGGCAAUCCUCGCGUGAAAAAAACGAUAAUCAAUGGGGUAUUGGAAUGUGGUGUGUGUGAAGAUCUUUUUGAAUUUCACGGAGAAAAAGUUCCUCGUCUUUUGUUGUGCGGCCAUACCUUGUGUCACGAAUGUCUCACAAAACUCCCUGUACGAAAUCGUGUCGUUGUUUGCCCAUUUGACCGUCAGAAAACUGAGCUCAGUGACUCUGGAGUUUGGGGUUUGAAGAAGAACUUUGCGCUUCUUGAGCUGCUCGAGCGAUUGAAAGUCUCACGUGUACCACUCCUGAGCAACUUUGAAGAAGAGGAGAACAAAGUAAAGUGUGAUGAAAACGAAGAACAUUUGGCAACCGUGUACUGCACUGUCUGCUGUACACACUUGUGUAGUUCUUGUAGCGAAAUCACCCAUGCGACGAAGACAUUAAGCAAACACAAACGUGUACCUUUGUCGGAGAAACCCUCCGAGAAAGCUGUAUGCCCCGAACAUCAAGGACGAAUCAUCGAGUUUGCAUGCUUAGAAGAUAGUUGCCAAACGAAUCCAUUGAUGUGCGUGUUGUGUAAGGAUUACGGAAAGCACAAGGGACACAAACACAAUCUUGUGAUCACAGAAGCUGAGAAUGUUCGAUCCUCCAUAUCGAGUGCGAUACAGCACAUCAAGUUGUUCAGCGAAGACAUUGCAAAAGCUACGCAGAAAAUUGAAACGGUGAUUCAAAAAAUUGAAGGCUCGAUAGUUGUUGAAGAUGAUGUUGACGGUCAAACGCAUACACGACACGUCCUUGGUACAGGGGACAUGGCACGAUCUAGGGUGCGUGAAUAUUUUAACGAUUUACGCGAGACUGUGAACAGACAAGAAGAGGCUGGUCUUGCCGUUGUUGAUGGCUACCUUCGUGACCAAUUGUCAUGGCUACGUCAGAGACAAGAAGACAUGGUUGCCCUUAAUUCUCAUACUUCUGCAGUCUGUGGUCAUUGCGAGAAAACACUAAAAUCAGAGCACAGUCAAGUUGUAGCCUCCCGUUUGGACAUACAUAAAGUCCUUCAAACUGUGCAAGAACAACAACAGCAUUUCCUAGAAACGGCCGAACUGUGUUCAUCCGAUGGCAGUAUUCCCAUUGCUUUCACUAAAGAUAAUCGCAUUCAUAUCGGUCCCAAGAUGGAAAUGAGAGUCGUCGCGCUAGGUUUGGACGGUGCAGGAAAAACCUCAAUACUUUUUAAACUCAAACAAGAUGAGUUUGUGUCGACUAUAACAACUAUUGGAUUUAACGUUGAAACAAUCGAACACCAGAAUUUAAAGUUUACGAUUUGGGAUGUUGGUGGAUUGCACAAAUUACGUCCGCUGUGGAGACAUUACUAUCUCAACACGCAAGCUGUAAUCUAUGUUGUCGACAGCAACAACAAAGAGAGAAUUGAAGAAUCUCGUGAAGAGUUAGUGAAGUUAAUGACCGAGAAACGACUUAGAGAUGCCUUACUAGUUGUAUAUGCUAACAAACAGGAUCUACCAACGGCUUUAAACGUUGAUCAAAUCACCGAACGUCUUUCAUUACAUAAACUGUGUUGUGGGCGAAGCUGGACUGUGAUUGGCUGCAAUGCUCACAGCGGCAGAGGGCUUCGUGAGGGACUCGACUGGCUUGCGACUCAGCUAAUGUCUGAAUUUGCGCCUUGAAUUUUACGAAUAUGACAUUAUUAGGAAAAUAAGAAAUAUUUUCUUUAUUAGUAAUGAGGAAAUACAAGGAAAGUAGGAAGAAGGAAACUGUGUGCAUUUAUGGCCUCUCAUUCCAGUCUAUUUUCCAAAACAAUCGUUACCCAAUACGUUUUGGUGUUGCUUUAUCCUACUAAAUUUUUCCUGUACGUAGUUAACCAGUCUUGGACUCUCAUCUACUUAUACUGGAAAACAUGCUUCUGUCUCAGAACCAACAUCCUGUAUGUUAAGUUGAAAGAAGGAUUGCUUGCAUGAAUGAAUUUAAUAAUUAUUGCGAAAUUAACUGAAGAUGUGAAUUUCGCAAUAAAACCGCACUGCAUAAAACAUUCUUCAUAUGACAUUCUUUUAAUAAUAAUUAUUGUCUUCGUUUACAUGAUCUUGAAGCGCGGGAACGGAAGUCUUUCCUAUUUUUAGGCGAUAAUUAAAGGCAUACCGAUUCAUCAUCGAUUGUGCUGCUGAAUGCAGCUUUGUAUUAAAAUGUUGAAAAUUAAAUGUAUUUUAAUGCUCUUCUUUUCA